CUAAGAAAAAAAACAUAAUUGUGACUGGGACAGCUAAAUCCUGUCCUCUGCUAGCCCCGCCCUUUGACGCCCCUCCCCCAUCAUUUAAUCUGUCCAGUGUCACUCAUCAGCGCACGCGGGGACUCGUCCCUUAAACAUGGCGACUGAGUUCCACAAUCUGCAAGAGUUGAGGCACAGUGCAUCUCUUGCCAACAAAGUCUUCAUCCAGAGAGACUACAGUGAGGGGACAACCUGCAAGUUCCAGAUUAAGUUUCCCUCAGAGCUAGAGAGCAGGAUUGAGAAGACUCUGUUUGAGGACACUGUGAAGACGCUCAAUAACUACUACGCAGAGGCAGAAAAAAUUGGAGGCCAGUCUUACCUAGAAGGCUGUCUCGCUUGUGCUACAGCAUAUCUUAUCUUCCUCUGCAUGGAGACGCGCUAUGAGAAGGUGUUGAAGAAAAUUGCCAAGUACAUUCAGGAGCAGAAUGAAAAGAUCUACGCCCCUAGGGGCCUGCUCAUCACCGAUCCUAUAGAGAGGGGAAUGCGUGUUAUAGAGAUCUCCAUCUAUGAAGACAGGGGUUCUAGCGGCUGCAGCUCUGGGAGCAGCUCUGUGUCCAGCAGCACGGCUCGAUGACCGCCUGAAAACAACAUCCCCUUGAUCACUCAUCAUCACACGACUGCGGCCGUGAAAACCAACCCUACUCCAAGCUCAUCCCUCCACUUCACUCUCACAAAGGAUCCACAAGAUGUUCCCUAAGAAAGACAUGUUACUCCUUAUCAAGCUUUGUCAACACCUACAACAUGCACUUUAGUCAUUUGUUGCAAUGCACCUGAUGAACAAAAACAUCUUGCUGUGGUUGAUUGUUUUUUUAAGCCAUGUGUCAUCUGAUGAGUGAGAGGAUGAAAGAAAGUGGGAUGAAAGGUACUCAUUACAACUAACCAGGCAUAAAUGUUUGAUAUGUAGCUCUGACAUUGUAGAUGAUGUAGGCACAAGUACACAUAACAACUACCUUAGCCCAUAUCUCCUGUAUAUCAAAGCAUUAGACCAUAUUGUGGCUGCACUGUGGCCUAGUGGUUAGCAUGUUGACCUCACAGUCAGGAGAUUGGGUACUCCAGCUUCCUCCCACAUUCCAACAAAAAACAAUUGGAGACUCUAAAUUGUCCAUUGGUGUGAAUGUGAGUGUCAGUUCUUGUGUGUCAAUAUGUUCCCAGUGAUUGGCUGGUGACCAGUCCAGGGUGUAUCCCCCGCCUCUCGCCCAAAUUCAGCUGGGAUAGGCGCCGGCUCACCCGUGACCCUAAUGAGAACAAGUGGUAUAAAAAAUGGAUGGAUAUGACGUUGUAGCAAAUGAGUAUCUGUCAUUAUAAUAUGUAACACAAGUCUUCCAAUUUUCCACUCAGAUGUUACACAAACCUGAGCGAGAUGAUCUCUUCCAAAAUUUGAAUUAUGCAAGCCGUAGCAAGUAUGAGUCAAAUAGUCUUCCUAAAUCUUAACUAACUGAAUCACACAGACCCUUGAUUGAUAUUUGACUCAACCUCCAAAGACAAAUAAUUGCCAAAAAAAGGCUCAUUGAUCUGAACGUGUGUUACGUUGGUGACAUUUUGUGCAGCUUUGGUGUUUGAUACACAUGGCGAUGAAGUAUUAUGCUGUCAAAUAAAUACAACGUCAACACAGCUGCAUCCAAGUGU